AUAAUUAAUAGAGAGACCUCCAUAAUAAGACAACUAAAGUCAUGUUGACCUUCGCUUCACCCCUCUUUUCUUUGCUCCUACUGCUCACCACCACCACCACCUCCCAACCAUACAAACCCACUGACUAUUUCCUACUCAACUGCGGAUCAUCCACCACCAUCACCACUUCCGACCGGUUAUGGCAAACCGACGAACAUUCGAAAUUUGUACCCUACAACAUGACCACCACCUCCUUCCCAUCUACCCCCUACGACCACGAUCCUUCAGUCCUCGAAAUCCCGUACUCCACCGCCAGAAUCUUUAACACGUCUUCAUUCACAUACUCAUUUCCAGUGAACCACGGGCCUAAAUUCCUCCGCCUUUAUUUCUACCCUGCAACCUAUUCCCACCUCAACGCGAACCAGUCUUUCUUCUCUGUAUCAUCCAAUGGUCACUCUCUCUUAUCAAACUUCAGCGCCUUCUUAACUUCAUCCUAUGUAGGAAGUAUUCUCUCAAAUGCAGGAGUCCAUGGACCCCCAGUUCCCCAACUUAUUAAAGAAUUUAUCAUAUAUGUAAACGACACCCAAAACCUUAACGUCACCUUUACACCCUCGCCCAACUCUUACGCCUUCAUUAAUGGUAUUGAAAUCGUUUCAUUGCCGGAAACUCUGUAUUUUAAAGCAAAGAAUUUGAAAUACGUCGGUCAAAUUACAGGACAUGUGAUUGCAAAAGACACGGCUCUCGAGAGUAUUUAUCGGUUAAACGUCGGUGGGCGACAAAUAUCCGUCAACGAUGAUACCGGUAUGUAUAGAUCAUGGGAUGGAGAUGAAAAUUAUAUAUUCCCCAAAAAUGCUCUUGGGUUAACGCCUUCUACUCAGAUUCCGAUCACGUACACAACGGACACACCAAAUUAUACAGCACCUGAGCUUGUUUAUCAAACCCAAAGGAGUAUGGGCACACUGUCGAGCUACUACAAUCUGACCUGGAUACUUCCCGUUGAUUUAGGAUUUUGGUACAUGCUCAGGCUCCAUUUUUGCAGCAUUAUACCACAAUACACGUUUGAAAGACAAAUGAUUUUUAAGAUCUUCAUCAAUAAUCAAACUGCUGAAGACAAAGCUGAUCUGUUCUUCUGGACUCCAGGCAGCGGUUAUCCGGUAUUCAAGGAUUACGUUGUGUUUGUCGGCAACCCAGAAGGCCAGCGCAGCAAGCAAGAUUUGUGGCUCGCACUGCAUCGUAAUGAAGAAUCUCUACAAUAUCGUGAUGGUUUUUUGAAUGGUUUGAAAGUGUUCAAGAUGAGCAUGUCUGGUAGUCUAGCUAGUCCCAACCCGGAGCUAAGUCCUACACCACCACCGCCAAGGCCGUCGUCUCCCGGAGAAGUGACGACAAAGAAAACUCCACCAUAUGCUGCAAUAAUCGGAGGUGGUGGGGGUGGAUUAGUCUUGUUAUCUGCUUUAGGUUUUAUAGUUUUUUGGCGAACUCGAAAGCUAGUAAUCGAAAAGUCCUCCGGUAAACCAAAAUCUAAAAAGUCUGGCCAGCUCCAAUCAGGUCGGUGUCGUCGUUUUUCAGUCAAGGAAGUAAAAGAUGCAACCAAUGAAUUCAAUGAAGAGUGUAUUAUCGGCAAAGGAGGGUUUGGUAUGGUGUACAAAGGCUACAUCGACAAUGCUACAACCAUGGUUGCUAUCAAACGGCUGAAGUCAUCAUCCAAACAAGGUUUUCAAGAAUUCCAAACAGAAAUCGGGAUGCUAUCCAAACUACGCCAUGUGAACCUAGUGCCACUAAUCGGAUACUGUGAUGACGAGGACGAAAUGGUACUUGUGUACGAUUACAUGCCUCACGGAACUCUUCGGGAGCAUCUUUACAACACAAACAACCCUCGUUUGACAUGGAGAAAACGUCUCGAUAUUUGCAUUGGUGCAGCCAAAGGGUUGCAUUAUCUCCACACAGGUGCAAACCGUGUGAUAAUUCAUCGGGAUAUCAAGUCGACAAAUAUUUUAUUGGAUGAAAAUUGGGUGGCGAAAGUGUCAGAUUUUGGUUUGUCAAAGCUAGGACCAAAAGACGAAAGGCAAAACCACGUUAGCACAAUGGUGAAGGGUACUUUCGGAUAUAUGGAUCCUGAUUACUUACGAAUGCAACAACUCACGGAAAAAUCCGACGUGUACUCCUUUGGAGUCGUUUUGCUAGAAGUUUUAUGCGCAAGGCCUGUUAUAAAUAUAGACCUUCCUUACGAAGAAGUCAGUUUGGCAGAAUGGGGAAAGUCUCAUUGUCGAAAAGGUACACUGCAUGAAAUAAUUGAUCCAAAACUAAGUGGUGAAAUUGCACCAAAGUGUUUCAUGAAGUUUGCAGAGGUGGCGAAUAGUUGUUUACAAGAAAAAGGGAGCAAACGUCUAUCCAUGGAUGAAGUAGUGUGGGGACUAGAGUUUGCAUUGCAGCUACAAGAAGCUGCUGAGAAAACAGGUGGCAUAGUUGGUGAGUUUGUGUUGGAAAAACAAGAACUUUUGUUUCCAUUGCAAGGAGAGUCAUCAACAACGUCUGAAGGAUCAAGUCGAUGGUUUAUGCGACAUGGCAUGUCGUCGUCUGACAGUAGCCAUGUAGGGUUAUAUUCGGAAACAGGUUUUAGCCAGAUGAGAGAUCUUUCGUAAGAGACAUCUGGUGGUUGUUUUGCGUUCCUACUUGUUAGUUAAUGUUAUCAUAUACUAAUCAUGUAAUUAGGUGGUGUUAAAUGUAUCCAUUAUGUGCUAUAUAUAUCAUACUAUCAUAGUAGUAGCUGUCAACAUUCCACAAUUGGCUCCAAAUGGAACUAUUUGUAACAAUAACGCCGUUUUCCAAUCAAUUUGCAAGA